ACACACUUUCCCUCUUACCCGGUUUCACGCAGUCACACGACAAAUCAAAGAUCCUUAUGUAUAUAUACGCGUAUAUAUAUACAUUUUCGCAAUCUAAAUAUCUAAUCUAUUAAUUUUGUAAUUAACUAAUUAUUUUCUUUUGGCAAGCAACUAUUUAGAAAACCAGGUUUUGAUCUAUCAAACAAAAACCCUUUUGAAAUAUGAAUCAUCAAAACCAAAUGAAUUAUCAACCAUCAUCAUAUAAUCCAUAUGAUUAUUACAAUAAUUACAAUAAUAAUAACAAUAUUAAUAUUAAUAAUCCCCAAAUUGAUCAAAUUCCUUCUGCACCUCCAGACCCUUCCUACUUUUACUAUUCUUCACCACCAGAUAACAACUACCCACCAAACCCGAGUUACGAUCCAAACCCGAUUCCUUCUUGGUACCACAAUCAGGUCGAGCCGUCUAACAAGACGCCGCCUUCGAUUGCGGUUAAGUUUGAUGAUUAUGGAAGACCCAUUAAUCAUCAGAUACCCGAAAAUGAUAAUGUUACUGAUCAUCAGAGUGUUUAUGCUUCUUCUUACAGUAAUGGGUCCGAUUAUAAUAGUAGUAGUAAUGCGAGUAAACUGAAAUUUGAUGAUUAUGGAAGGCCUAUAAGUGCGAAAGAACCGUUGGAUGGUGAUAAGAAGAUCGUAAAGGCGACACCGUUAGUCGUCGAGGAUGCGAGUAACGGUGUGCAGAAAUUUCGUGUGGUGCUACUCUCUGAAGGGGCAGGUCUGCAGGGAGAUAUGGAUGUCUUAUGUCAGAUUGGUUUAGAUGGUAUUCGGAUACUUGAUCCUGCAACGACCCGAACACUGAAAGUAUAUACAUUUGACACCGUGACUAGAUGGGAGGUAUUGGAUUCAAAUGUAUUUGCUUUCUGGACUAAAAGUUCCGUUGAUACUAACGAAAGACGUGUCAGACUAAAGUCUAACGGUUAUACUACAACCAACAUUCUUGAUCUGGUGGCUGCCGCAAGUAUUCAGUUCAAGGAGAUGGAUGGAUUAGCAAAUUCUGAACAAGUAGCUGAGAAGAAAAAAGUCUUCCCUGAUUGGAAAAUUUUGAUGAAGCCUGGAAAUGAGGAAAAAGACCACUGGGUUCCAGAUGAAGCAUCCGUUAAAUGCACAUCUUGUAGCACAUAUUUCGGAGCUUUUGUGCGAAGGCAUCAUUGUAGAAAUUGUGGUGAUAUUUUCUGUGAUAAGUGCACUCAAGGUAGAAUUGCUCUCACGGCAGAAGAGCAGGCUCCACAAGUUCGAGUUUGUGACCAAUGCAUGGCAGAAGUUACACAAAGGCUGAGUCAUGUAGAUGAGUUGGCUAGUCGAUCUUCUGGCAAUAACAGACACGAGGAUCUUGCAAAGAAACUUCAGGUACUAAGAAACAGAAAUAAGGAUAUUGCGAAGAAACUUCAGGAGAUGGAAAAGAAUCGCAAUACAACAGCUGGAUUAAAGUUCGAUGCCCCUGAUGCGCAAAUGAAAGAGGUGGAAUGUCCAACUUGCACAGUCCAUUUGCAGGUUGAGGUUCCAGCGAUGGGUUCAAAAACCAUAGAAUGCAGCGUCUGCCAGCAUCCUUUCCUCGUGAGUGCCCACUGAUCAUCCUUGUAUACUUGUGAUUACUCGUAGAAAUCAGAUAAGUUGAGCGGUUACUGCCUACAAAUUGCUCAUCAUUUUUUUUUGAUGCAAUAUAUCUGGGGUUGUGAUAUAACUUUAUUUGUAAACUAUUUGCUAAAUCUUAUUGAAGAUGUAUGAUUGAUCCCCACAACUCCGUUUGUAUUGAAAAACUCCAUUUGUGUUGUAA